UUUCUUCAAAAAGAAAUAUAUAAAUAUUAGUGGUUAAAUGAGAAUUCCACUAAAAAAAAAUCUUUCCUUUCAGAUUUUGAUCCUCUUUUAUAAUCAUUGAGCCAUUCUUUGCCGUCCCUCUUCGUCCAUCGUUGUUCUCGUGGCCGUCAACGGCUUUGUAAACUGCCAUGGGCGAAGUGGGUGAGGCCGCCCAACAGCCGCUUCUGGCAGCGGAACUCGUUCGUCCGUCGCCGUCCUUCCGCCUCAGAACCCAGAGCCUCAAUACCCUCCGCCUCCGACGCAUCUUCGACCUUUUCGACCACGACGGCGACGGGGAGAUCACUAUCGAGGAGCUCGCCUUCGCCCUCGACCGCCUCGGCCUCGGAGCUGAUCCAGGCGAGCUCCGAUCCACCUUCUCCGCCUACAUCCCGUCCGAUCGCGCCGGUCUCGCCUUCGAGGACUUCGAGACCCUCCACCGCGCGCUCGGCGACGCCCUCUUGGGCGGAUCCGCCACCGAGCCGUCGGAUCUAGCGGCGGUGGAGGAGGAGAUGAGGGAGGCGUUCCGGGUGUUUGACGAGGACGGCGACGGGUUCAUCUCGGCGGCAGAGCUGCAGUCGGUGCUGGCCAAGCUGGGGCUUCCGGAGGGGCGCAACAUCGAGCGGGUGCGGGAGAUGAUCGGCUCCGUCGACAGCAACGCCGACGGCCGGGUGGAUUUCUGCGAGUUCAAGCACAUGAUGGAGGGCAUCGCCGUGUGGGGCGCCUGAUCUUCGCAAUUUUAGGGUUUGACGCAAAUGAAGGCCUGGUAUCACAAAAAUUCUU